AUGGACUUUGUCUCAAAGGCACUACUCUCCUACAUUGAUGGAUGCACAGACUGGUCUGUGGAUUACAAGAAAUAUCAAGUUCUAGUGGGAGAACCUGUUCGUAUAAAAUGUGCACUUUUUUAUGGAUAUAUUAGAGCUAAUUACUCCCUAGCACAAAGUGCUGGACUCAGUUUGAUGUGGUACAAAAGCUCUGGACCAGGAGAUUUUGAGGAACCAAUAGCUUUUGAUGGAACUAGAAUGAGCAAAGAGGAAGACUCCAUUUGGUUCCGACCAACAGUGGUACAAGACAGCGGACUCUAUGCAUGUGUGAUAAGAAACUCAACUUACUGUAUGAAAGUGUCCAUUUCUCUGACGGUGGGUGAAAAUGACACUGGACUCUGCUACAAUUCAAAGAUGAAAUAUUUUGAAAAAGCUGAACUUAGCAAAAGCAAGGAAAUCUCAUGCCCUGAAGUAGAGGAUUUUUUAUUUCCAUUUAGGGAGCCAGAGAUUCUAUGGUAUAAGGAAUGCAAGUCAAAGACAUGGAGAUCAAGUAUUGUGUUUAAAAAGGACACUCUUGUCAUUCGUGAAGUUAGAGAGGAUGACAUUGGAAAUUACACUUGUGAGGUAAAAUAUGGAAUCUUUGUUGUCAGAAGAACUACGGAAUUAACAGUUACAGCACCACUAACAGAUAAACCACCAAAGCUUUUACACCCCUUGGAGAGUAAGCUAACAAUUCAGGAGACCCAGUUAGGUGGUUCUGCUAAUCUAACCUGCCGAGCUUUCUUUGGAUAUAGUGGAGAUGUCAGUCCUUUAAUCUACUGGAUGAAAGGGGAGAAGUUUAUUGAAGAUUUGGAUGAUAGUCGAGUCUGGGAAAGUGACAUCAGGGUUCUCAAGGAACAUCUUGGGGAACAGGAAGUUUCUGUCUCAUUGAUUCUUGACUCUGUGGAAGAAGGAGACCUUGGCAAUUACUCAUGCUAUGUUGAGAAUGGAAACGGACGCCGUCACGCCAGUAUUCUUCUGCAUAAAAGGGAGCUGAUGUAUACAGUUGAGCUUGCUGGUGGGCUUGGUGCUAUUCUGCUGCUGCUUGUUUGUUUAGUGACUAUCUACAAGUGUUACAAGAUAGAGAUUAUGCUCUUCUACAGGAAUCAUUUUGGAGCCGAAGAACUAGAUGGAGACAAUAAAGACUAUGAUGCAUAUCUAUCCUAUACCAAAGUGGAUCCUGACCAGUGGAAUCAAGAAACCGGAGAAGAAGAAAGAUUUGCUCUUGAGAUCUUACCAGAUAUGCUUGAAAAGCAUUAUGGAUACAAGUUGUUCAUACCAGACAGAGAUUUAAUUCCCACAGGAACCUACAUUGAAGACGUGGCAAGAUGUGUAGACCAAAGCAAACGACUGAUCAUCGUCAUGACUCCGAAUUAUGUUGUAAGAAGAGGCUGGAGCAUCUUUGAACUGGAAACAAGGCUUCGAAACAUGUUAGUCACUGGUGAAAUCAAAGUGAUACUGAUCGAAUGCAGUGAACUGCGAGGAGUUAUGAACUACCAGGAAGUUGAGGCCCUGAAACAUACCAUCAAGCUCCUCACUGUCAUUAAAUGGCACGGACCAAAAUGCAACAAGCUAAAUUCCAAGUUCUGGAAACGUUUACAGUAUGAAAUGCCUUUUAAGAGGACUGAACCCAUCACGCAUGAGCAGGUUUUAGAUGUCAGUGAGCAGGGGCCCUUUGGGGAACUGCAGACAGUCUCCGCAAUUUCAAUGGCUGCUGCCACCUCCACUGCUCUUGCCACUGCCCAUCCAGAUCUGCGCUCCACCUUUCACAACACAUAUCACUCACAGAUGCGCCAGAAACACUAUUAUAGAAGCUAUGAAUACGAUGUACCUCCUACUGGCACCCUGCCGCUUACCUCAAUAGGUAACCAGCAUACCUACUGCAACAUCCCUAUGACACUUAUAAACGGGCAGCGGCCACAGACAAAAACUAACAGGGAGCAGAAUCCAGAAGCAGCUCACACAAACAGUGCGAUACUGCCCCUCUUGCCACGGGAGACCAGUAUAUCAAGUGUCAUUUGGUGA